AUGCAACGACAGAUUAACAAUCAUCUUAUUCAACAAGGCAAUAAGAGUGGCUUAGUUGGCCACAACAAUCCAUUAAGUUUGGGCAGUCUAGGUAGUAAGAGUCCAAAUCUCCAAUCACCACCAAAUGUCUCUGUCUCCAAGGAUCUCAUGGGUGGUAUGCAUCAGCAACUCAUGCCAAAUACAAGCCACCCUAAUCAACUCCAUUCCAAUAUGCCUAUGAGUUCUAUACAAGGUGGUAUGAAUGUAGCGAAUGUUGGUGGUAACAUGGUAGUUACAAAUAGUAAUAUGAGUGGAGCUGGUAUGCUGGGCGGAGGCAUCAUCAACAAUGUCAAUAAGCAGCUACCCACUCAUAUGGGUAACAACCACCAUCCAAACGCACAGCAUCAUCCCCAUGCCCAGGCAAUGCAGAAUGGUCCACUAGGCGGCCGAAUGGGCGUCGGUGUAGGAAUGCAAGUGCCGACUCGGUCUGGCCUUGGGCAGGGCGUGCCCGUCCAUGGUCUGACGCACGGGGCUAGAGGGGCGGGUGGAGGACACCCGCUCGUUCCAUAUCACCCAGCGUAUGGGCAGCCCGCUGCGAGUGCGGGUGUCGCCGCCGCCCAGAGAGCAGCGGGCGUACGAUUCGGCCCCCCACCUGAAGCGGGGGGCGGGGCAGCGCAAGCAGUUCCCCCCGCACCAUCGCCGCAAACACCCGGUGCCCCUGCUGGAGGACAGUCACAGCCUCAAUCGGCGACGCAAGCUGCCUCGGCUCCCACUCAACCGAACACGGGUUCGAUCGCAGACCCAGAGAAGAGAAAAUUGAUACAGCAACAGUUAGUACUGUUGUUGCACGCGCAUAAAUGCCAACGAAGAGAAUCGCAGUCCAACGGCGAUACGUGGACGUGUACGCUGCCUCACUGCAAGACUAUGAAGGGCGUGUUGAACCAUAUGAUAUCUUGUCAGGCGGGCAAAAACUGCGCGGUACCUCAUUGUUCCUCAUCAAGACAAAUUAUCAAUCAUUGGAAACAUUGCAAUAAGAACGACUGUCCUGUCUGUCUACCUCUCAAACAAGCAGACAGAACGAGAUCAAAUAACAUGAAUGCGGCUGCAGUGUCCCACGCGACGACAGGCGUGGGAGUUGGAGUUGGAGUGGGCGUGAGCGGAGUUAACGCGAACGCGGGCGUGGGCGGAGUUAGCGUUAACGUCAACGCUCAACAACCCAACUCAUUGCCGCCCGUUAAUCCUCUACAAGGCGGAGCGGGCGUGUCGACGAACUCGACGGGCUCUAGCUCGGUGGGUAACGUAGGCGUAGGUGUGGGCGUGGGCAACGUCCAAGUGGGGGUUGGCGUUGGAGCGGCGCCUGAGCUUAAGCGAGCUUACGAAGCUCUCGGUUUGGGCAUUUGCCCCACUUCGGGGAUGGGCUUCGCUCGCGCCCCUCUUGCCCGACUAGCCGCGCCCCGCCCCCCGGCGCUGUCAGAUGUGAUGCCGCAUCAGCAGCAGCAACUCUUCGCGCAUCAACCUGAGCCUCAGCAACAGAUGGGUACGGGGACUCUACAACUGGGCGGCGGGCCAGUGACAGCUAACCCCGUGUCGGGCACCAAGGAAUGGCACCAGUCUAUAACUCCUGAUCUCAGAAACCACCUUGUUCAUAAACUGGUGCAAGCUAUCUUUCCAACGCCCGACCCCACAGCAAUGCAAGACAAACGUAUGCACAACCUAGUAGCAUACGCGAGAAAAGUAGAAGGAGACAUGUACGAAAUGGCGGGUACCCGUUCAGAAUACUACCAUCUGCUCGCCGAAAAGAUUUAUAAGAUACAGAAGGAGCUAGAGGAAAAGCGGCAAAAGCGGAAAGAGCAGCAAUUACAAGCGCAACAGGCGCAGCAGCAAAACCAGUUACAGAGCCAGCCAGGCGUAUUGUCAGGUGGCGGAGUAAUGGGCGUCAGGCCCACUGCGCCUGGAGUCGUGGGAUUGGGUGUCGGCGUCAGGCCCAAUAUGCCCACUCAACCCAGUUUGCCCGCAAUGAGGAUACCUUCGCCUGGCAUGAAUCUGCCCAUGUCCACAAAUAGGAUGACCUACCAGCCCAACCUCGUUGGGCCGCCGGGUCCCAGUCCUAAUCAGAUGCCGCAUACACCGAACGGCGGAACAGUGGGCGUGGGCUCUGUGAGCACGGCGGGCAUGUCUCCGUUCGCGCAGGCCAUGACCUCCCCCGCCCCCCAGUACUCACUUCCUAGCAACGGGCCGGCGCUCGCGUCCCCCUCCCCCUCUCAUCAGCCUGACAUGAAACGGCUUGCAAGUCCCUUCAUGACCUCCACGUUCCGGGAACUCAGCUCCCCCGCUCCUCAAACCGCCCCCGCGACACCCGUUCCACUCCCGCACGCCUCCCCUGCGCCCGCUAUCCCUCACGCUGCACCGACGCAUGCGGCACCUCCCGCGCCCCCGGAUCCGCCCCCCACUCCAGAAAUUAAACGGGAGCCCGAAGAACCUAAGAUUAAAGAAGAGCCCGAGGAGUGCGGGGGCAAGGGCAUGCGACCCGUAAACGACGUGGCAGAUAGAAGCGAUAGCUUUGCGACGGAGAUCAAACAGGAAGUGUCGGAACCGACGCCGGAAAUCAAACAGGAGAUCAAACAGGAGAUCAAACAAGAGAUCAGAGAGGAGCCGGAGAGCGUUUCGAGCGAACCGGCCGCGGUGGACCGAGGCCCUAAGAAACCUUUCGUGUUCAAGCCGGAAGAGUUGAGGCAGGCGCUGUUGCCAACUCUAGAAAAGCUAUACAGGCAAGACCCGGAGUCGACUCCCUUUCAGAAGCCCGUGGACGCGACGGCGUUGGGCAUUCCCGAUUACUUUGACAUAGUGACGAAGCCGAUAGACCUGUCUACCAUCAAGAUGAAAUUAGACCGCGGUGAAUACAAGGACCCUUGGGAGUACGUCGAUGACGUAUGGCUCAUGUUUGAGAACGCGUGGCUCUACAAUAGAAAGAAUUCCCGGGUCUACAGAUAUUGUACUAAGCUAUCCGAAGUGUUUGAGGCGGAAAUCGACCCAGUGAUGCAGUCGUUAGGCUACUGCUGUGGGAGGAAGUACGCGUUCAACCCUCAAGUGCUGUGUUGUUAUGGCAAGCAACUCUGCACUAUACCUCGGGAUGCGAAGUACUUCUCCUACCAGAACAGUCUAAAAGCAUAUGGGGUUGUGUCCGAUAGAUACACCUUCUGCCAGAAAUGCUUCAACGACAUCCAGGGCGACACCGUUACGCUCGGAGACGACCCGUUGCAACCACAGACCGCAAUACGUAAAGACCAAUUCAAAGAGAUGAAGAAUGACCACUUGGAACAAGAGCCGUUUGUGGUGUGCGCGGACUGUGGCAGAAAACAGCAUCAGAUCUGUGUGCUGCAUCAUGACCAAAUAUGGCCGCAGGGCUUCUGCUGUGAAAACUGUCUUAAGAAAAAAGGAGCCAAGCGGAAAGACAACAAAUUUAGCGCUAAAAGGCUGACCACGUCUAAAUUAGGAAUAUUUAUUGAGACUAGAGUGAACAAUUAUCUUAAGAAAAAAGAGACUGGCGCCGGUGAAGUGCAUAUCAGGGUGGUGGCGUCGUCGGAUAAGAUGGUGGAAGUGAAACCUGGCAUGCGAUCGCGGUUUGUCGAUUCUAAUGAACUCUCGCCAGAGUUCCCUUACCGGGCGAAAGCGCUCUUCGCCUUUGAGGAGAUCGACGGCUGCGACGUGUGUUUCUUCGGAAUGCAUGUUCAGGAAUACGGGAGCGAGAGUCCAUCGCCGAAUACGCGGCGAGUGUAUAUAGCAUAUCUAGAUUCUGUACAUUUCUUUAAGCCCAAGCAGUACCGGACUGCCGUCUAUCACGAAAUUAUCUUAGGUUAUUUGGAUUACGCUAAACAAUUAGGAUACACAAUGGCUCACAUAUGGGCCUGUCCGCCUUCGGAGGGGGACGACUAUAUCUUCCACUGCCAUCCUCCCGAACAGAAGAUACCCAAGCCCAAGAGACUGCAGGAGUGGUAUAAGAAAAUGUUAGAUAAAGGAAUUAUAGAGAGGAUAAUAUUAGAUUAUAAAGAUAUUCUAAAACAAGCCAUGGAGGACAAUAUCUCGUCGGCAGCGGAGUUGCCGUACUUUGAGGGAGACUUCUGGCCCAACGUGCUAGAGGAGUCCAUCAAGGAACUAGAUCAAGAAGAAGAGGAGAAGAGAAAGCAGGCUGAAGCCGCAGAGGCAGUGAUAUUUCAGUCGUCUGAGGAGUGCGAGCAAGGCCCAGACGGCAAGAAGAAGGGACAGAAGAAAGCAAAGAAAUCAAACAAGUCUAAGGCAGCCCAAAGGAAGAACAGCAAGAAGCAGAGUGACCAGCAGCAGGGCAGCGAUCUCAGUGCGAAAAUCUUCGCCACCAUGGAGAAACACAAAGAAGUGUUCUUCGUCAUCCGCCUACAUUCCGCGCAGUCCGCUGCUAGUCUAGCUCCAAUCCAAGACCCCGACCCGUUACUGAACUGUGAUCUAAUGGACGGGCGGGACGCGUUCUUGACGAUGGCGCGCGACCGCCACUACGAGUUCUCGUCGACGCGGCGCGCCUACUACUCGACGCUGUGCAUGCUGUACGAGUUACACAACCAGGGCCAGGACAAGUUCGUCUACACCUGCAACACCUGCAAGUCGCACGUCGAGACGCGCUACCACUGCACCGUGUGCGACGACUUUGACCUGUGCGUGCCCUGCUACGACAAGGAGGGCCAUCCCCACAAGAUGGAGAAGCUGGGCCUGGAUCUCGACGUGGGCUCGUCGCCGGGCGACAUGAAGCAGGCCAACCCGCAGGAGGCGCGCAAGCUUUCGAUCCAACGCUGCAUCCACUCGCUGGUGCACGCGUGCCAGUGCCGCGACGCCAACUGCCGUCUGCCCUCGUGCCAGAAGAUGAAGCGCGUCGUCACCCACACCAAGAACUGCAAGCGCAAGACCAAGGGCGACUGCCCGAUUUGCAAACAGCUCAUCGCGCUCUGUUGCUACCACGCGAAACACUGUCAGGAAAGCAAGUGCUCGGUGCCGUUCUGCAGCAGUAUAAAACAGAAACUAAAGCAACAGCAGGUACAGCAGCGCGUGCAGCAGCAGCAGCUACUCAGGCGGCGGAUGGCGGCCAUGAAUACGCGCGGCAAUAUGGCCGGGCCGAGCUCGCCUCCCGCCGCGCCCCUCGCUUCGCCACCCCCGGCCAAGCCUGCCGCGCACUCCCUGCCACACAACGUGCAGAAGGCGCUGCAACAGGUGCAAGAAGAGGCGGCGAGGCAACAGGCGCCAUCUUACGGCAAACAGGGUGCUAUGGGCCCACCAGGUGGGGCACGGGCCGACUGGACGGCGAGGUACCGAGGCCCCCCGCCGCUGCACCACGCGCCCCAUCACGCCCGACUGCCCCACCACCAUCCGCACCCGCAGCACCAUGUGCAACACCAUCCGCACCAGCCGCAGCCGCCACAGCAGCAGAUACAACAGCGACCUGGUGGGACUCCAGCGGCUACUCAACCCCAGCACAUGCAACAGAAGGCGUUGCAGCAAUUGAUGGCGACGCUGCGAUCGCCCACCAGUCCCAACCAGCAGCACGAGAUUUUGCAGAUACUCAAGUCCAAUCCACCACUCAUGGCCGCCUUCAUCAAACAGAGAGCACAGAACGCCCAAAACCAGCAACAAGCGGGCGGCGGCGUAGGCGGAGUUGGCGGCGUCGGAGCCGUGGGUGGGGUAGGCGGGGCCGUGGGCGGCGUGACGCACGUGGGCCUCGGUGGUCAGCAAGGGCAGCAGCUGCAGCACAUGAUGCAACCGCAGCAGAGGUUGCAACAGAUGCACCCCAUGUUGCCCCAACAACAACAGGUGGGCGGCGUGUCCAAUGUGGGCGGAGUGGGUGGCGUAGGCGGCGUGUCCAGCGUGGGCCUAGGCGGCGUGACGGGUAUGGGCGGCAACGCGUGGUUCAAGGGCGGCGGCGCGGGCGUGUCGGGCGGCAUGAUGCCUAUGCGGGGCGCGUAUCCUCCGGCGGCGGCGCCCCGUCUGGCCACGCGAUACUUCUCGGCGGCGGGCGGCGUACUGCAGCGGUCGCCGCCCGCCACGCCGUCGCCGCGACCGCCCACGCCCUCGGAACUGCUGCUCAUGCGCCAGUCGCCCGCGCCGCCCGCGCCCCAUCCGCCGCCCGACGACCAGCUGCCGCCCAUGACGCCGCAGGACCAGCUCACCAAGUUCGUCGAACAGUUGUAG